AUGGUACCAGGAAACCAAACACAAUUCACUGAAUUUCUCCUCCUGGGAUUUUCUGAGACACCAGAGCAGCAGGGGCCUCUCUUUGGGCUGUUCUUGGGCAUGUACUUGGUCACUGUGGUUGGAAAUCUGCUCUUAAUGCUCACCAUUGCCUCUGACUCUCACCUCCAUACACCCAUGUACUUCUUUGUCUCCAAUCUGUCCUUUGUGGAUCUCUGUGUCAUAACCACUACAGUCCCCAAGAUGUUUGUGAACAUCUUGACACAAAGUAAGGCUAUAUCUUAUGCUGCCUGUGUUGCUCAGAUGUACUUCUUUAUGGCUUUAAUUUGUGUGGACAAUUUCCUUCUCACUGCAAUGGCCUAUGACCGGUUUGUGGCAAUCUGUCAACCUCUACACUAUGCAACCAUCAUGAGCCCUAGACUCUGUGUCCUCUUGAUGAUGCUCUCUUGGAUAAUAAGCCUUGUUGAAGCCCUCAUUCAGAAUCUCAUGGUAAUGAGGCUUUCUUUCUGUGGAGAUCAUGAAAUUCAGCACUUCUUUUGUGAUUUCCCUCAAGUUUUGAAACUCUCUUGUUCUGACACCUUUAAUAAUUAUAUGUUAUUAUAUAUCAUGGCUGCAAUACUGGGCACUGUCCCACUCACAGGGAUUGUUUUUUCAUAUAGUCAGAUCUGUUCUACCAUUUUGAAAGUCCCAUCUGCUAAGGGUAAGUACAAAUCCUUUUCUACCUGUGGAUCUCAUCUCUCUGUUAUUUCUUUAUUCUAUGGCACAGGAAUGGGAGUAUAUUUCAGCUCUUCCAUUACUCACUCUUCCUGGAAGAGCACAGUUGCUUCAGCAAUGUAUGCUGUGGUCACACCCAUGUUGAACCCCUUUAUUUAUAGCCUGAGAAAUAAGGACAUAAAAGAUGCCGUUAGGAGGCUCAUUGGCAGAGUAACUUCCUUUGAGUGAUGGGGCUAGGUCCUGAUCCUCAGAAAAGAACACUUAUACUUUUGCAGAAAAUUAUGGGAAUCAACAAUCUUAUAUUCCUUAGUCCUCUCUCCAAAUACA